CUUUCAGCAGCAGUUAGAAGAUCCCAGCAGAGAGAAGGUAGCCAUGAGGGGGACCAACGCCCAGCGCUGUCUGGGUCCAAACCUUUACUCAGAGUUCCUGAUGGCGGCUGGGGAUGGGUGGUGGCUCUGGCUUUUUUCCUGGUGGAGGUUUGUACCUACGGGACCCUGAAGAGUCUCGGAGUCUUCCUCCAGGAUCUGAUGGAGGAGUUUGGAGAAAGCAACAGCCGAGUGUCUUGGAUCAUCUCCAUCUGUGUCUUUGUCUUUACCUUCACUGCUCCGUUAUCAACCGUCCUCAGCAACCGCUUCGGCUAUCGCCCGGUGGUGAUGAUGGGAGGAUUCCUCAUCAGUCUGGGAACAAUCAGCUCUGCCUUCACCAGCUCCAUCAACGAGAUGUACGUCACUACUGGCAUCGUCUCAGGUCUGGGCUACUGCCUCACUUCUCCCACCGUCACCAUCCUGGCCCAGUACUUCUCCAGACGUCGAGCCCUCGUCACCUCCCUGGCUUCCUCUGGAGAAUCCUUUGCUAUCUUUGCAUUAGCUCCAGCUCUCACUUCUCUGAAGCAGCACAUUGGCUGGCGCUACUGUCUGGUCGUUCUGGGAACGGUUCAGGCCUCUGUGAUUGGCUGUGGGCUCCUCCUUCGUCCAAUCAUCAUCGAGCCUCCAUCUGUGAAGGAGGACGGUGGGUCACAGGAAGACUCACUCUCUCUGAAGCAGACGGUUUACGAGCUGGAGAACGAACAGACCAGAACCUCCAUCAGCUCGGGUGCAUCUGGAGGUUCAGAGGACUCGGGGGUCACCUCCCUCUCAGCCUCCAACGUGGACCUGAGGACUGCAGGAGCAGAAGUUGAGGCUCUGAUGGAGGACCAGGAAUCAUCUCCUCCACUAGAGAAGAACCAGGGAGAGCCGGUGGAGGUGGAGGCAGGUCCUCUGAAGCCCUCCAGCCCUAAACUCCUGGACUUCUCAGUGCUGAGAGAUGGUGCCUUCAUCUGGUACUCCUUGUUUGGACUGUUUGCUACGCUGGGCUUCUUUGCUCCUCAGCUCUUCAUCAUCGAGCUGAGUAAGAGCAGCGGCGUGGACUCCAUCGUGGCCUCCUACAUGCUCUCCGUCAUGGCUGUGGCUGAGAUCUUCGGCCGCCUGUCCAUCGGGGUGGUGCUGAACCGGGUCCGCUGCAGGAAGACCUUGGUGCUGCUGGGCUGCGUGGUUCUGCUGUGCCUGGUUCUGGUGGCCUUUACCAUCGUGUGGGACCUGUGGGGUCUGGUGGUCUGCUGUGCGCUAUACGGCUUCUUCAUGGGCACCGUGGCCUCCACUCACAUCCCCCUGCUGGCCGAGGAGGACGUGGUGGGCAUUGAGAAGAUGUCCUCCUGUGUGGGAGUCUAUGUCUUCAUCCAGAGCUUCGCUGGACUGGCUGGGCCACCUCUAGGAGGUGUGUUGGUGGACCUCACUCAGAACUACGGUUCUGCUUUCUACUCCUGUGCUGUGGGGAUGGGCCUCAGCGCCAUCUGCCUGGCUCUGGUGGGUCCGGCUAAGUCCGGUCUGUGCCAAAGACCAGGCAGAAGCAACGGCACUGAAGAACAGGAGAGAAGAUCUCAGGACGGCGACCAGCCAGACUUUCUGGAGGUGGACCUGGUUCUGGAGGGCAGUCCGGCCCAACAGACCAGGAUAAGGACCAGAACCUCCAUCAUGUGAACCCCAGCAGGACUCAAAGGACAAGAACAUCCAGUCAGGAGGUCCAGAUGUCCAGAACACCAGCUGGAUCCAGAUCUCAGGGGUCCCUGUUCACUUUACCGAGCUUAGGAAGGAACCAAAGAGGUCACGUUGUUUAGGGUAGAACUCAUUAACAUGACGGAACCAAAGUCCUGACAGCAGGGUCUAAACUCUGAUCACCAGCUUUAGUUCCUGUCUCCUUCAGAAUAAAACGCCUCACUGGUAGAACCGUCCACAGACCAGACUGAAUGGAAACAGAGAUGAGUGCAGUAGAACCCAGAACCAGACUCCUGAUCUGAACCAUCCUCAAAUAUCCAUAAAUCGUAUAAAACAUGAUUAAUAUAUUCAGAUUAAACUGAGCUAAUCAGCCGAGAGUUCAGGUUCAGUCUGAGUGUUUCACUGUUUCUGCUUCAGUCCGUGUGUCUAGUCUUUAACUAGCAUCAACAGAACAGAGACUAGAACCCUCUAGUCUUUAACUAGCAUCAACAGAACAGAGACUAGAACUCUCUAGUCUUUAACUAGCAUCAACAGAACAGAGACUAGAACUCUCUAGUCUUUAACUAGCAUCAACAGAACAGAGACUAGAACCCUCUAGUCUUUAACUAGCAUCAACAGAACAGACUAGAACUCUCUAGUCUUUAACUAGCAUCAACAGAACAGAGACUAGAACCCUCUAGUCUUUAACUAGCAUCAACAGAACAGACUAGAACCCCUCUAGUCUUUAACUAGCAUCAACAGAACAGAGACUAGAACCCUCUAGUCUUUAACUAGCAUCAACAGAACAGACUAGAACCCUCUAGUCUUUAACUAGCAUCAACAGAACAGACUAGAACCCUCUAGUCUUUAACUAGCAUUAACAGAACAGACUAAGAACCCUCUAGUCUUUAACUAGCAUCAACAGAACAGACUAGACCCUCUAGUCUUUAACUA